UCUCCGCGCCUCAUGGUAUAUAUCUCGACUGCGGGACCUCGCAGCCAUGUACCAAAGUGGCGGCUCGCUUCCUGCUGAGAUGGGUAGUCUGGCGCCCCUACCCGACCUCCCCCCCGAUCAAGGCACGGGUGGCAUUCCCGGUCUCGAUGUGGACAUGAUGCAGAUGGACAUGGACCUCUCGCAAAUGGACGCGGAUACCCAGACGCCCGCCCAGCCCUACAAUGCCUUCGCCCCACCACAACUCCUCUCAACGACGAGGACAACCAGCGUCUCCACCGAUGCCUUCUCUCUCGGCCAGGAAAACACCAUGACGGGCGCGGGUGCGGGCCCACUUCCCACCGGCUUUGGCGCCCCCACCCUGAACCCAUCGGGUAGCACAUUGACAGAGUUCACAAAGCGGCGGAACUGGUCGCAGCGCGUGCUGGAAGAGCUGCGAGACUUCCUACAUAUAUUAACGUCCGAUGGCAGGAUCCUCUAUGCAUCGCCGUCCUGCAAAGCCCUGACCGGAUACGAGCCGGCUCAGCUCGUUGGCCGCUUCAUUCAGGAGUUCAUUCACCCUGAUGACACUGGAAUCUUCGUGAAAGAGUUCAACGAGUCAAUCGCGUCUGGCAAUCCCCUACGCUUCUUCUACCGUUUCCGUAAAAUUGAUGAGACAUGGGUCAUUUUCGAAUCGCACGGCCACCCGCAUCUCAGUAGCGAUGGAGGGGCCGCCUUCGCCGCGCCGGGUAGCAUCAACUGUCGCGGCUUCUUUAUGAUGUCUCGCCCCUACCCCACCAAGAAUGCCGCCUUGCUGGAUUCGUUCCUCGAACACAAGAUAGAAAAUGAGCGGCUCACAAAGCGAAUAGCAGAGCUGAAGCGCGAGGAGCAGGAAGAGCAGGAGGCACAGAAUCGGCAUUGGCAGACGGCUGAAGGUCAAUCCUCCAUCACGCCUUCUGAGACACAGGCUCGCACGGAAAGUGACAGCCACACAUCCGCUGCGUACAACAGCAUGCCACCGCCAGCUAAACCUGGUGUAUCAAACACAGCUUUGACACAGCAAAACCUCAAUGAAGCCUUGGCCGCAAGCAAGCCAGACAGUAUCAAUGACAAAAUGGCUCGAUAUGAAGGAGCCACUCAUCUGGAGACAAUUGAAAUGCUGACAGGACUGCGGUAUCGGGAUGGAGAAAGAUCUCAAGGCAUCAGCACUGGUGACAUAAGCCCUCUUCUUAUCAGGGGAGAUGCUGGUAUCCAAAUCUCUUUGGACCGAGACGGACGGAGCUCCGAUAAGAAGAAGAAAAUUAAGAUUGCGGAUGAAUACGUGUGUACCGAUUGCGGUACCCUAGAUUCUCCUGAGUGGCGGAAAGGACCUAACGGGCCGAAGACGCUUUGCAAUGCGUGUGGGUUACGCUGGGCGAAGAAAGAGAAAAAGAAGCAAGGUGCAACAGGCGCUCCUCAUGCACAGCCUCCAACACUGCCCGUGCAGACUGGUACACACAGCAGCUGAAAUUGUGUACCUAGUCACUUGUCCCUAAACAUAUUCUCUGCGAUGCUCUAGCUGCUGAUGCAUUACUAGCCUUCCCCAACGCACGAGGAAACGUUCAGGGGACGAUACUGAACAUCGAGACCGGCAAUCGAUCAGAAUAUGAAAUCGUACCGAUCAGGUUUGGAGCAGAAGGACAUAUAGGGAGGGAAACGGGCUUGUUAUAGGAUUACGUCACGAACCCGUAGGCAAGAAUGAUGAUUUAUGACUUUAUGGAUCACCAAACAAAAGGUAAUGGCAGAUUACAUUUCGGUUUCUAGUACACGAUUUCGGGUCUCUUCAGAACAGAGUUUGAAUGUUGGUAUGAAAAUGGAAUCGGCUCUAUGAUACCGUAUUUGGAUCUCAAUAUCAAGUAUUAGCAAUUAAUAUGACCGAGCUAAGGCCGC